UAUGCUUAAUGAACUCCAUUUAUAAUUGAAAUGUUAUGUAAUUCGUAUUGUAGUCAUAGUGAUGCUCGCAAUCUUCUCCUUCUUUAUGCAUUGGGAACCCAAAUCAGUCCCCACUAGUAAAGUUCAAAACUUUUUGUAGUUUUAUCAGUUACGAACUUACGACCAUGCACACAAAUCUCUUCUUCCUCUCAUCAUUCAAUCAUUUCUCUCUUCUCCACUUCUAAUUAAUGGAAACCCAUCUUCCCUCCCUGUUUUUUCUUCUCAUUUUCCUCUCAUUUCUCCUCUGCUGCCCGGCCAAGCGCUGCCCGGACUGCGGCCGCACGCCGGUGCCGUACCCACUCAGCACGAGUCCGGAUUGCGGUGACCCUCUUUACAGAGUCCGGUGCGCCGCCGACAAGCUCUGGUUUGAGUCUGUUAAUGGGUCUUCGUAUUUGAUCACUUCCGUUAAUCCGGUAGCUCGGAAGCUGAUCAUCCGGCCGCCGGGGUUGGCCAAAAACUCCUGCGUGUCAUCGGAUUUUGGAACCCAUGGUUUUUGGCUCGACACGCGCCUUCCUUUCACCAUUUCCGAAAGAAACACGGUUUUGCUCUAUAACUGUUCGAUGGAAGUUCUGGAAAAUAAUUGGAACUGUUCACCCGAUAGCGUCUGUCAUGACUUUAUCAAGCAGAAUCCGGUGGCAAUGGCAGCGUGUAAGGCGGCGCCGACGUGCUGUUGGUACACGAGUGGCGGUUCCUUGACUGCGUAUAGAAUCAGGGUGCGGAAGGAGCGGUGUUCGGCUUAUGAAUGUUUCGUGAAUUUGGGUGGUUCUGGUCCGGCGAAGAAGUGGCCGGAACCUGGGGUGGAGAUUCAAUGGGCGCCACCGCGAGAACCGCCGUGUCGUGUGGCUAUGGACUGCCGGAAUUGGGAGAAUUCUGCUUGUUUGCUGGACCAUACAAACGCCAAGCAGAUGAGAUGCUUAUGUAAGGUGCCUUUCAAGUGGGAUCCUGUAAAUGGAUUGUGUAAUGGCAAUAAUUUGAAAAUACAGAACAAGACAAUUCAUAAGAAGCACAAGAAGAUGCCUGUUAUUCUUGGAGGAGCAAUGGCGGGAGUAUUUUUAAUGGUGAUUGGAGGCUCAAUCAUGUUUGUAAUUUCCAAAAGACGUGGACAGCUUCCAAAAGGGAACGAGCUGAGUUCAAAACAAGUUCGUGAAGUGAUUCUAACUGCGAACAGCAGUGGAAAAUCGGCGAGGAUGUUCACAACCAAAGAGAUAGCGAAGGCCACAAACAACUUCUCCAAAGAGAACUUGCUUGGUUCUGGUGGCUAUGGGGAAGUCUUCAAAGGCAAUCUAGAAGAUGGAACUUUAAUAGCUGUUAAACGUGCCAAGUUGGGUAGCAUGAAGGGAAUUGAUCAAAUCCUAAACGAGGUUCGGAUUCUUUGUCAGGUGAACCAUCGAUACCUUGUUCGUCUACUCGGAUGUUGUCUCGAACUCGAGCAACCACUCUUAAUAUAUGAGUACAUCUCAAAUGGGAACCUAUUUGAUCACCUUCAUGGGAAUACUAGUUCAAGCAAGUGGCCACCAUUGACAUUGAGUCGUCGACUCUACAUUGCUCGGCAAACAGCCGAUGGCCUUGCUUAUCUCCACACUUCAGCCAUGCCUCGAAUCUAUCACCGAGACAUAAAGUCAAGCAACAUUCUACUAGAUGAGAAGUUGAAUGCCAAAGUAGCUGAUUUUGGGCUGUCUAGAUUGGCUAUAACUGAAUCAAGCCAUAUUACAACUGGGGCUCAGGGAACAUUAGGUUAUCUAGACCCAGAAUAUUACCUAAACUUUCAAUUGACAGACAAGAGUGAUGUUUACAGUUUUGGAGUUGUCAUGUUGGAGCUAUUGACUUCUGAGAAAGCCAUUGAUUUUAAUAGAGAAGAGGAAGAUGUAAAUUUAGUAGUUUAUAUCAAGAAGAUCAUCCAAGAAGACAGAUUGAUGGAGGUUGUUGAUCCUGUGAUUAAACAUAGAGCAAGCAGAGUUGAAGUGGAGAUAAUCAAAGCAUUGGGGUCUUUAGCAGCAGCUUGCUUGGAUGAAAAGAGGCAGAAUAGACCUACCAUGAAAGAAGUUGCUGAUGAGCUAGCCAACAUUAUUUCCAUUCUUAAUAACGAGAUCCCUUUUCUCUUUCCUAUUUCUCCAAGUAUAGACCUUAGUAAUUGGGGCUGAUUCAAAUUGUCAACCGUAGAAUCCGAGAGGACAAGAAGAAAAGUUAUCAAAAUUCACCAUGUACCAUAUUAACACUCCAGCCUCUUCAAUCAUAGAACUAUGUCCUAUUUGACAGCAGACUAAAUGCAGGCAAACAAUGUCAAAGUUUGAGGAUUUAAAACUGUAUGCUGUAUUACACACCAGCCAGACUUCGGUAUGGGAUAAAACUAAACCAACCACUAUAAGAAAUUAGUCUUUAAAAUGUCACCUUAAACAGGAACCAAAUAAGACCUCGGGUUAAAUUCGAUAAUGGUGCAGGUUG